UGCGUUACUAACUUGGUUAUGGAACUAAAUCGGCCGAAUUCUUUUAAAAAUAAUAUACCAGACAGAAAGUGGUUGCAAGGGUUUUUGAAAAGAAAUCCCACAGUGAGUCAACGUGUUUCGCAAUCCUUAACAGUUUCUCGUGCAUCGGUAACAGAAUCUUCCAUAAGAAGUUGGUUUAAAAGAGUAUAUCAAUACUUGGAAAAUAACAAUUGUCUCGAUGUUUUAGAAGAUUCAACACGAAUCUUCAACUGUGAUGAGUCCGCGUUUUUUCUUUGUCCAAAAGGUCAAGCAGUUUUGACAAAACGCGGUUCAAAGCAUGUAUACUUCAGAUCUGGCAAUGAUGAUAAAGAAUGUUUUACAUUAUGCAUAGGAGCUUCCGCUUCCGGUAAAAUGAUGCCAACUUUUGCUCUCUUUCCAUACAAAAGACUUCCAACCAACAUACUUUCCAAAUUUCCUUCUGAUUGGGCUAUUGGAAAGUCGGAUUCAGGCUGGAUGACCUGUGAAACAUUUUAUGAAUAUAUAACAAAUGUCUUUUAUCCCUUCAUCCUGAAAGAAAAUAUACAACUCCCAAUCGUACUAUUUUUGGAUGGGCACACGUCACAUUUGUCGCUGCAUCUUAUUGAGUUUUGCAAGAAGCAAGGAAUCAUACUUAUAGCGCUUCUUCCAAACUCGACACACUUGCUGCAAUCAAUGGAUGUUGCAGUAUUUCAUAGUUUAAAAAAUGACUGGAGAAAGCAAAUACAAAAUUGGAGAAUGCUAAAUAAUGGACAAAGAAUAAAACGGGAAGAUUUCGGACCUAUUGUUCAGAAAUACAUACAAUCUACAAUCACUUCUGAUAUACUACAAAACGGUUUUAAGGCUUGUGGCAUAUUUCCGUUUAAUGAAGAUGCAGUGGCUUACAAUAAAAUUUUAAAACCUGACAUCAGAGACACAUCCAAUAUAAUCAGAGUACCAAACAUGAAUAUCGCAGAAAUUUCAGAGAACUAUGAAGCAACAAAAACACUUGAAACUAAUUCCGAAGAAUUUUUACAAAGUUUUGAGAAAAGGUUGCCGGCUGAAAAGCUUAAACUGUUUAUUGAGUGCAGCGGAACUUGGAAAGGUGAUGUUAAGGACGAAAACUUAUUUUACUUUUUGAGAAGUGUUAAGAAUGAGCAAACAAGCAGCUGCAUUGCAAGUAUUUCUAAUUCCGAUCUUAAUAUUACGAGUAUUUUAGCUAACAACGACUGUUUAUUGGAUAUCGAAAACAUGAGUAUUGAUUUCAUAGAUUUCAAUGAAGAAUUAGUUAACAAACAUAAUUUGAGCAGCUCAACUUCAUCUUGUGCCGUGAAGUCCAAGCAGCGUAAAGUAGUACAUAUAUUGGACAGUGUACCUUGCCCAGUAGCUCAAGCCAUUAACUUCGAAGAUAUCCCAACAACUGUCAACCAUCCACCAAGACCUCAGUUGCCCCCUAGGGAGGCGAAUGGCAAUGUAGACGUGGUUAAUAUUAAUUCGAGAACUCCACCAAAAAGCAAAGUUAAUGCAAUAGAAAUAAAAUAAUCUGAAUUUCCAACGCCUUUCAAAAACCAACGCCGAACAAAAAAUUUGUCAUGAAAAAAUUAACCCCAACUGUCGCCACUGCUUCUGAAUACAUUGAGUAUCAGCGACGCUUGGAUGAAGAAAAAAAGAUUAAGAAAGAAAAGAUAAUUUUAAAAAAGAAAGAAAAGCAAGGUUCAAAGGUGAAAGUAAAACGGAACAUUAAUAAUAGUUUUAAUCCAGGAGACUAUGUUGUAGUAAGGUAUGAAGGCGAGAAAUUUCUUGGGCUGGUGUUAAAAAUUACUAAUGGGAAUCCAGAAAAAUUUCAAAUGAAAACCAUGACAAUGAGUGGAUCUAACUGGCGUUGGCCAGAAAAAGAAGAUAUUUUAGAAUACGACGCCGAUGAAGUAGUUAAAAAAAUUAAUUUACCUCAGCCUAUAAAUAAGAGAGGAAUAUUUUCAAUACCUGAUAUGUAAUAAACUAAAAUUUAAUAUUGAACUGACUUUAUGUAUAUUAAUGUAAUUGAAAUUAUUUUAUUUCACGUACAAGUAAUUGAAUGUAUACAGUUUUACUAACUAAAUACUUAUUAUUUUAUGUGUAUAUAUCGCAUCAAAUGCAUAGCUGACAAAUAAUGUCAUUAAAAUAUUUGAAGUUAUUUUAUUUAUGUGAAUAAAAAUGUUUCCUUGUGUUCCACGUAUAAACUGUGUAAGUUUUACUUACAAAUUGCUAGGAAUAGUUGAAAUAAGAACUUUUUCUAAUGUAGCACGGAAUAAGGAUCACUUUAGCACGGAAUUAGGAUUUUGACAAAAUUUUAGCACGGAAUUGGGGCCAAUUGAGUGUUUCAGAAAAGCAUUAAUAACAAAAAAACGGUACAAAAAUUCUAUCAUUUGAAAAGUGAAUAUGAAAAAUAAAAGCUUUAUUUACGAUUUGUUAAUAAUUCUUCAUUCCGUCUAACUUUUGAUUCACUGUAAUAUGCGUAUAUUCAUCAAUCUACCUUAAUAUGCCGUAAUUAGGAGCAUUUAUAUCGACAAAAACGUUUUCGCCUUUUUUUGUCAAUAAAAUUUUCACUGUGUUGAAUAGUUGUAUACCACAGCAACGCGUGGCCGGAUCCACUAGUAUAUAUGUAUGUAUGUAUUUAUAUACAUAUAAGUAAACAAGCUAAUAAGGAAUGCUAAAAUAGUUAAUCCUAAUAUUAGAGGCGAAACAAAGAAUGUUAGUACAGUUAGCAUUAGGAUAAGUAGUAAGUAAACUAAUAAGCAAUGUAAAAUUAAGUCAGUCUUAAGAUUCAACGCAAUAAAGGAAGAAGUAACAGCUCAUGUUUUUUUAUUUCAACCUUAUUUCAUUUCUCGCGUGGUUUUCCCUACAUCAGACGGAAAUAGGGCUGGGCUUGCUUUUUAAUAAAUUAUAAAGAUUUGACACCCAUUUAAUAUCUUCACAUGCGGUUGCCGUUCAAAGUGAGGGAAGAGUAGGUACGUUGUGUAGGACAGUAUAUGUAUAUUUGCAAAUUGAGAAAUAAUGUGUUUCAUAAAUUUAUUUACGAGACGCUGACUCGCGGCGAAUUUAUUAAAAUUAGAAAGAAAAAUGAUUCAAGUGAAAAUAUAAACAUCAAUAUAACGGGUGAUUUUUUUGAGGUUAGGAUUUUCAUGCAUUAGUAUUUGACAGAUCACGUGGGAUUUCAGACAUGGUGUCAAAGAGAAAGAUGCUCAGUAUGCUUUGACAUUUCAUCAUGAAUAGACUUACUAACGAGCAACGCUUGCAAAUCAUUGAAUUUU